GACAGUUUUUGAUCAAGUUUGCAGUUGCCAUGGGAUAAUUGAGCAAGCUAAAGCGGCUCAAUCAUUCCAUGAUAAUUGCAUUCAAAGACAUUGAUCCAAAUUGGCAUCACAGUUCAGAACUUAUUGAAAGGCUCUCCGUCCAAAGAUGGGAGCAUUUUGAUAUAGCUUUGACUGUGAUGGAUCGACAUGGAAUAUGCACAGUUAUAAAAUAGCAGAAGUUCUCCUCUAUCCAAAGAUGUGGACAGCUUUUGUUCAAGGAAUUAUAUAACUGUUUGUAUUUCAGUGUCAAUGGACGUACUUACACUUUCUAUCCAAAGAUGUGAGUUAAGUAUGUUUAAACUAAAGUUUUGGGGAAAUUAUUUAAGGUAUUAAUGUUUUAAAACCUGUACAGUCAAUCACAAUUCAAUCCAGACCCUCACUGGCUCCAACUACAAGAAAUGGAGAGAAGAUCUAGAAAUAGCUCUUGGCUUAUUGGACUAUGAAAUGGUUCUAACUGAGGAAGCACCAGCCACACCAGCAGCUGAUGCAUCUGUCGAAACUAGGACCAAGUUUGCAAAAUGGACUAAGGCUAACAAAAUGGCAAUCUUAAUCAUGAGGAGAUCAAUUUCAGAGGAGGUAAGGGGCAGCAUCACAGAGUCUGAAAAUGCAAAGACAUUUAUUGAGGCAAUAGCAGAGAAUUUCCAAGGCUCCAAAAAGGCUGAGAUAGGUACACUAAUGAGCAAACUCACAGAUUUGAAGUAUAAUGGAGAAGGAUGCAUAAGGACUCAUAUUCUGAACAUGGUAGACAUUGGAAACAAAUUGAAAGCUCUGAAAGUUACAGUAGAUGAAGCCAUGAUGGUGCACUUUGCUCUUAACUCUCUUCCUAGCGUUUAUAGGCAUUUGAAAACUACUUACAUUGCUCAAAAGGAAACAUGGACAGUGGCUGAUCUAAUAGGAAUAUGUGUGCAGGAAGAGCAAAGCAUUAGAAUUGAUAAUGCAAAGGAACAUGUGAAUCUGGUGCAGGAUUUUAAAGGCAAGCCAAAGGAAGGAUAUAAAUCCAAAUAUGCAGACAAGAAACAGAAAAGGAUGAAACUACCAAAGGGACAGGUCCAGUAGGUCUGAAAUGUUUUUUCUGCAAAAAGUUUGGUCACAUGAAGAGGGAUUGUAGAAGGUACAAACGUUGGUUGGACAAGCAAAAGGCUAAAGGGGUUCAAAACAAAGAGAGUGCCAAACAAGGAUGACUUGAAGGUGUUCGUGGGAAAUGGAGAAAGAGUUAAAGUAGAUUUUAUUGGUUUAGUUAAUCUAGAGUUGCAAUCUGGUUUUUGUUUGGAAUUAGUUGAUGUCGUUUAUGUUCCUACUAUGACAAGGAACCUUUUAUCAGUUAGUAGGCUUGUAAAAUCAAACUUACAAUUUGAGUUU